AUGGCUGCCAGCAAGGCGUCCCGCAUCGGGGAAGAAACUCGUAUUGACAAGGUGAAUGCCGAGUUGGUAACCUUGACAUACGGAACCAUCGUCGCACAGCUAUGCAAGGAUUUCGAGGAUGACUACCCAGAAGUCAACCGACAGCUUGACAAGAUGGGCUACAACAUUGGGCUACGACUCAUUGAGGAUUACCUAGCCAAGUCGAAUACGAUGAAGCGCUGCUCCAACUUUCGCGAGACAGCAGAUAUGAUUUCAAGGGUUGGGUUUAAAAUAUUCCUCAAUAUUACACCACAGGUGACGAACUGGACGGCCGACAACAACUCCUUUUCACUGGUAUUCGACGAGAACCCGUUUGCCGACUUUGUCGAGCUACCAGACGACGGAAGGGCACAGAACGAGCUCUGGUAUUCAAAUAUCCUGUGUGGAGUCUUAAGAGGCGCCUUGGAAAUGGUUCAGAUGCAAGUGGAAGCGCACUUCAUCAGCGAUGUCCUAAAGGGAAACGAUACUACGGAGAUGCGGGUAACCCUGAUACGCUAUAUCGACGACGAGCUGCCACCAGAAGACGAUUGA